AUGAAUAGAGAUACAGAGUUGGAUUCAAGGAGUAUGACCUCAGAACCAGCCUCUCUAACAAAUAGUGCAGGGGAGGAAAAGAUAGAGGUUGCUUCUGAACUGAGCAGCCCAAAUUUCCAUAGCAGUGACAGUGGGUUUUUGGAAAGAGGUAUUAAAAAAAUGCUAAGCAUCAGGAAAUCAACACGAAGUCUGAACAAAGAAAAAGGAACAGCAGGUACUGGCACUUGGAAACGGAAACGACUAUCACUCCUAUUCCCCAAGAACUAUGAGGAGAACACGGCUGCAAUCUGUAAUGGCAUGGAGGGGAUUGGUGAGAAGACAGAAGCAGAGACUAUUCAAGGAAAACCUCUUUCAGUAAUGGAAAUCAAUGAACUUAUUCAGAAAAAGCAACUUUUGGAAGCAUUUGCAAGCAUCAAGUACUUGGAAGAUGAGACUAUCACUGAACGGGAUGCUGAGAGAUACAAAGAUAACCCCCAGGAAUUUGUACGGAAAUCCAAGGAUGUGGAUUUGCUUUAUAACUCCAUCAUGAACGCAAUCCAGUCCAUUGUGGUGGGAACACUGGAGCAUCCCACUGUAGAGGACACCAUGCUGACCUGCCUGGUGACUUUAAUUGCCCGUGAAGAAGCAGCUCAUCCCAACACAGGCAACACUGCUGGUCCUGGAUCGGACUUGCUCGGCAUACCCAGAAAGUGGAGGGAGGAGUGGAGGGAAGCUGUCAAGGAAAGUGCUAGAAAAAGAGUCCUGGGAGUACCCAUGGCAUCUAAGGAAGAAGAAAGUUCUUGGCUUGAUCACCACUUAAAUUUCCUCCAGAAACGUCUGAGUGAAGACUUACUGAAAAUCAAGAUAUCAGUAAGAAAGUGCUAUCCAGAGGAGUACCAGGUGUGUGACAUGUACGUGGAGGCUUUUCACGAGGCCAUUGCCUCACACUUGCAACAUCUCUCCCGGAGACCACUGGAAUUCAAUGAGCUCUACAGCUUGCUCAACUGGGUGGCCAACACCUACCACAGUGAACUCCUUCUGGGCCACCCUGAUCUCAAACCAGAAGUUAAGACAGAAAACCUGUCCUUGCUGUUAACACCAGGUGAUUGGGAUAAACUGAAGAAUGACUACAUCACUACUGCAAAGGAGAAAAUCAAAAGCUAUUUUGGAAACAUCCUGAGACUGGAGGUCACGGAGAAGUGGGAGAAGGAAGUUCAUCCAGAAGUGAAGGAAAACCUCUACCAUUCCUCGCUCUCCUUUGAUAUUCAAACGAUUAUUGGGGAGUACAUGAAGAUAUCUGGAGCAAUCAGCAGAAGCCUGGAAAUGAAAAUGCUUGAGCUGUGCCUAGCAGAGCUGCAUGAAUUCAUACCAAGGUUUGGGGAGGAGUUCAUAGCGUGGAGCACUGCCCAGGACGGCCCCACCUUUGUGCCCUAUUUCGUUGCCUACAUCAACAGCUUCAGUGACCUGACGUCAGGGUUGGAAACAGUGUUUAAAGUCAACACUGAUGAACUGCAGAAGAUUCUGGCAGCUCUGACAAGGAACUUCACGAAUAUUUAUUUAAAUAAAUUAAGAACAAAAGCACAGCCACUCUUUAAGAAAAUCCUGACCAAGGACUGGAUUUUGGAGAUGGAGAGGCCGGGCUCACUGGCAUCAGCAGUCUCACAGUUCUCUGAGCACCUGCAGCACAUGAGGGAGCCCAUGGGGCAGGAGCUUCUACGUGAUGUUCAUAAGUAUGUGGUGAGGGAAUACAUCACACAGGUCAUCAAACCCAGGUGGAAAAUGAACAGGGAGACACGGGAACAAGUGAGUGAAAAGAUGAAGCAGGAAGCCAAAAUCCUUAAUGACAGGCUCAUUGACCAGGGCUCUGACUCCUACUGGCUCCUUCCUGCCAUACAACACAUUACCAGUAUCAUUGGGGAGACAAAAAAAGACAAGAUCAAGGACUAUGUCACAGACCUGUGCCAGGAUUAUCCAGAUAUCAGGAAGGAGCAUGUCCUGGCUGUCCUGGCGCUCCGGGGGCUGAGGCGCAGCAGGAGAGCAGCAAUUUUUCGGCAAGCCUGUCUGGUACUGGAGAGCCCUGAUGGUGGGGAGGGCAGGACACUCUUCACUGAAAUUGAUGCCCCGAUGAUCAUCAGCUGCUUCUAA